AGUGACUAUGACAGUGUUGUGAAGAGAAUCGCGAGGAUAGAACGAACAAAAUAGUGCUUAAUUUGGAACUCCAGGCACUAAACAGACAAAAGUAUUGUGCGAUAUAUUUUUAUUAUUACAUGGGUAGUGAUUAUGCCGUAUGUACACCAUGCAUGACUGGUAUGUCAGGCGUGGCACCAGACAUUAUAACCAUAGUUCGAAAACAUGUGAUUGAUUCAUAUGAUGCGAUACGAAGCAAAUGUUGUAGCAAUUGCAGAACACCAUUGUAUGUAAUAUUUUCAUGCAAUAUGUGUCCAAUGUGCACACAAUAAAAAAACAAAGACAUUGAACAAUCGGUACAAACCGAACGCGAUCUGUUGGAGCAAGCCAACAGGAUCGCUACCCUUGUGGAGUAUUUCGAGUGGGUGCAACAAUGAGAUGAGUGCAUAGGACAAUUAGAAGAACGCUGUGGUGUCAAGCGACCGCGACUAUCCAUUGGAAAUAGACAAUCCGUGGUAGCUCGAAUCGCGCGACUCGAGGGAGAGAGGAAGUGGUUAGAAAAACGUUUCGUACAUUUCGGUGGUGGUGAUUACGCGAGUGCCGGACAUUCUUCAAGCGCGGAGCUCUCUUGGCGGAAGAUCAACACCGUGUUCGAGAGCCGUAUUGUGGACUGGUGCGAUAAUCAACACAGACUACAUCGAACCACGACGUUUCUUGGAGGACGCUGGUAGUGUAGUGCUGGAGCAAGUGCAAAACGCUAUUGAAAGGUACAAUAAUGUAAAAGUGAACACUGUGUUGAAUGGCGAGUUCGUGGCGGGUGACAAGACCGUGAACAAGAGUAUCAACACAAAGAACUUUGAACUUUUUUCGACAUCCGAUUUAAAAGAGUGGUACGAGCGGCACGUGAUCGAACCCAUGCUGGUAUCCCUCGAGGAGUUCCAGGAGCGCGACAGCGGGUGGGCGUUGUCGCGAAUACUGAACUUGACGGUAAACGUCAACAGGUACAAUCCAUUGCAUGCGGGAUGUCACGUAAAAGUACUUGAAGAGAUUAUGUUGAAGAGGGCUGUGCUCAAUGUGCUGUCGACGGAUAAUACAUGCUUCGCGUGGUCGGUGGUGGCCACUCUACAUCUAGCUGAGAGUCAUGCGGAACGGUGUUCAUCGUACCCUCAUUAUACCACGAUACUAAAUGUGCAGGGUAUAGAGUUUCCCAUAACUCUAAAUAACAUUACAAAAUUCGAGCGUCUUAACGUUGAUAUAUCUAUCAACGUAUACGCCAUCCAAGAGAAGAAGAAGGAAGAGGAAGGGCUCACAGUCGUACCGAUACGAUUCACCAGCGAAAAGAGGGAUAAACACGUCAACCUAUUAUACAUACGGAAUCCACAAGACGACAACGCGGGUCAUUUCGCGUGGAUCAAGAAUUUAUCCAGGCUGGUGAGCAAUCAACUUAGCAAGAAGAUGCAUAAGAAGUAUAUCUGCGAUCGCUGUCUACACUACUUUUACUCAAAGGAGAAAUUGGAGGCCCAUACCAUGGAUUGCCAACAAAUGAAUGACUGCGCCAUCGUUCUACCCAAUGAAGACGAUAAGUGGCUGAAUUUCGUCAACCACAACAGGAAGGAGCGAAUGCCGUUCAUCGUCUACGCUGAUCUGGAAUGUGUAUUACAGAAGACGGAGGAGGACGACCCGAGGCUGUACCAACGUCAUCAGGUAUACAGCAUUGGGUAUUACGUGCGGUGCUUCUACGAUGCGUCGCUAUUCGAGUACCGAUCCCAUCGCGAUACUAAUUGUGUAGCGUGGUUCGCAGAACAACUAAAAGAUAUGGCGCAUCGCGUGAAAGCGAUUUUGUCUAGAACUGUCCCCAUGGUACAAUUAACUCGAGACGAGCGCGAAAACUUUAACAGUGCAAUACACUACCAUAUUUGCGAGAAACCGUUCGCGCCGGAUGACACGCGGAUUCGCGAUCAUUGCCACCUGACCGGUCGGUACAGAGGUCCCGCGUACAUGAAUUGUAAUCUAAAUUAUAAAGAUUCCUAUACCAUUCCGAUAGUUUUUCAUAAUUUAUCCGGCUACGACGCGCAUUUUAUUAUCAAAGAACUGGCUAAUAAUUUCAAGGGCAAUGUCGAUGUACUGCCCAUAACUAAAGAAAACUACAUUUCGUUCACGAAACAUGUUGACGAUGCAGAUGACAAAAAAUGA